UGGAGGGUCGCAUGAGUCGGUGGCUGAAGGCGACUUUGUCAUCACGCUCGUCGUUCCCACUCCUCGAUCCAGCUUUUCUGCUCUUUGAGUCAACUUUGAGUUACUCUCAACAUGCCGCCAGCGAACGGGAACAGCGACGAGCAAGCUGCGGAGAAGUCGGCGUCAGCGUCGACCUCGAAUUUAUCGUCUACUCCGGUCGCCAGCACCAGCUCUAUUUUGAAGGAGAGGCGGUUCAAGCUUAGCAGAGCGUGCGAUCGGUGUCGGCGUCGUAGGAUCAAGUGCGACGAGGGUCACCCAUGCCAGUCGUGCCUCACAUCCAAUUCGUCAUGCACGUUCGAGGAGCCGGGAAAGCGGACACACCCGCACAAAUCAAAGCGUGCCGCGACCCUCGAGGAUCGCAUGCACCAUUUGGAGACGUUGAUUCAAGCCAUCCCUCCCGCCGUCUUUGCUGCGAGUGGCGCAGGUGCAUCUGCCCCACACUCACCGAUCGACCCGAGCACAAGCCCGCACGCAUCGUUCGCCGAAUCGACACACAUAUUCCCGACUGCGGUCCCCCCGCCUUCCCUCAACUCCUACCCCCUCAUGAACCCGUCGACGUUCUUCGCGCCCGUCAAGGCGACGCGCCACUCCAGCCCCAGCUUCUCGGGCGGGCAAAGCGGCAUCAUAGUGGUCGACAAUCUCACUGACGACAGCGCGCGGAUGUCGCUGUCGUCCUCAUAUCUAUAUUUCGACGAUGAGGGGUAUACUCGGUGGCAGGGCGAGACGUCAGGUCUGCCACUCUUGGAUCUGCUGGUGGAGCGCCACAACAUGGCGGUCAAGCCCGAUCUGGAAAGAGGGCAGGCCCAGGCGCAGGUGUGGACGAGCCAGAACGGGCAAGCGGUCAGUGACUGGUUCCCGGAUCGGUCGUCGAAGAGGGUGGACAACAACCCGGAGGCCGUGUGGAAGCUCAUCACUUCCUUCAUUGCGCCGGAGCUGAUGGACAGUCUUGUGCAAUGUUUCUUGUCGACCAGCUAUUAUUUGCUGCCUUUCUUGCACGUUCCGACGUUCCUUGCGGACUACGGCAACCCGCGGAAAUGGGGCGAACCAGGAUUCGCUGCCUUCGUGGUGGCGGUCUGCUGUCUGUCUUCUCGUCACAUCGACGAUCCUCGCGUGCGUGGCGAUCCCAACGAUGGGAAUAGCGCCGGCACUCAAUGGUUUGAACUCUUCGGCCGCUUGCGGACGCUUCCGAGUGCAGAUAGACCUACGAUCUAUACAGUCCAGGGCGUGCUUGUUGCGGGCGUGUAUGCCGUCGGUCUCGGCAAGCUCUCGAAGGCGUUCGGGCUCCUCGCGGAAGCCGUUACUCUCUCGAUCGACAUCGGGCUGCACCGCUCCGUGGAUGACUAUGACGUGUUCGACCCGAUCGAAGACGAGGUGCGGAAACGCACGUUCUGGUGCGUCUACAUGUGGGACAAGCAGGCGAGCUCGUACUUCGGGCGGCCGCCCGUCAUCCGUCUGCGCGACUGCGACGUCGGCGAGCCUGCGAUAUUGGAUGACGAGUUCAUCACGCGCGAGGGCGUUGGAGCACAGCCGGCGGAGACGGAGACUCGCAUGAGCGCAUUUGUGAGCUGCAUCCGCAUGUUCAUCGUGUUGGAGUCGGUCGUCGACAUUCCGCCUCCUCGACCUAUUGGCGAAGGGUGCUCAGCGUUCCUCGCCCGGGCAUCGUCGGUCCUGGGGCCCUUCAAGCGAAUGGGAGACCUGCGCGAAGAGGAAGCGAUGCUGGACGAGAUCGUGCGGUCCAUCCCUCCUCAUUGGGCGCACUCCGUGGAGACAAUGACGAGCGACGACGUGUUGCGAGUCACGCAAGCGAAUCGUUUGCAUUGUGCUCAGCAGUAUGUGCGGAUGCUCAUACAUCGGCAUCGCUUCUCGGAGAUGGUCGCGGAGCGGACACAGAUGGGAACCAUCGAGCAAACGGACGCAGAGGUCGAGGCGAUGCGGGCUGCACAUGCAUGUGCUCUCCAGAUCAUAUCUUCGCAUCUGCACAUUGCUGCGAAGGGAUUGAUGACCUACUAUGGGGUACAUGUCAUCCAUCAGCUUACGGCUGCCGGUCGUACUCUGGUGGCAGUAUUACUGUGCUGCCAACCGGAGAAUAUGCAACCUCUGAUCGCUCCUGGUCUCGAGGCUCUCCGUUCGUCUGUUGGUUUGUUGAAGCGGUUCAGCGGCCGCUAUAUCUGCGGUCAACGCUCCGGUGAUCUGUUGGAGGAGUUCUGCAGGCUCACCGCGAUUCCUUUGGAUGCUGCGCGCAAUGAAUGCCCAGGAGCGAGCAAUCGACCCGCUUGGGUACGGCCUGCUCGCAAGAAGACACCGUCGACCGCACGUUCACCUGCUCACUCUGCGGACUCACCCUCGCACCAUAGCAGUCCAGAAGAUUACACGGAUGCUUUCAUGGAUCUUCGUGCCAAAAGCCAAGAGCCAAAUCCAUUCGCAUCAAAUCCGUCUACACAGACGCUCGCACAGAACGGGUUCGGAGGCAUCUCCUCUUUCAUGGACGCGUCGAACGGCUUGGACUUGAUGUCAACGGACAGUUCGUUGCCCAUGUCGCAGAGCGAUAUCCUUGCGUUGCUCAACGAUGGGACCGUCGAUAUGACUUCGUUGUUGAUGUCGCCGACUCUGGGAGGAUCGGCAGAGCCUCAGGGUGGCGGGUUCUACGCUAUGACACCAACAUCAAACGGAAAUGGUCCAGUGGGCAUGGUUUCUCCCUAGGUCAUUGUAUAUAAGUCCGAGUUAUUCAUGAUCGUGGUGUUUACUAUUUGUACAUAUCUUGUAUGUAGCUAUGUAGGAACAUCGAAUUGCUUUCAUGUGUUGUGCUCUGCACGCUGCUUUGUGUAUUGCUGCAAUGUCGUAUACUUUCAAGUCAGUUCUGAACGCUAAAUCGUCGUCAACUGGCGACAAUAUCUUGUCGUCCUAUGCUGAGUCGGCGGGACUGGAAGGGCAGCCGGUAGCAAACUUCCUUGUCCUAUACUUACUGUCGCCAGAGCCGUAGAGACUCAGAGUUGCCAGGGGGUCCGAGUCGUCGAGGGCCGCUAGUUGAACUGCCGCCAGUUCAGUCCGCCAGUCGCAAAUGCGUGCUCGCCUACUCUUCGGGCAGGGCGCGCAUCCGAGCUGCCAGACGGGCACUCGUGGUGGCUUUCCGAAGUGCUGGCGGUCGAAGAGAUGGUGGUGGCGGUCUGAGUCGAUAGCAGCGUGUUGAC